UAACCCUACCCGUGUCGCGUCGAUCGUAUCGACUCGGCAUGCAAAAUGUACAAAGAAAAUGCUUGACUUGAUGUCAUGUAGUGCUCAAUUUCCGACGUGGUUCCAAGCCGGUUGGGCUUGUCAUUUGAUCGAGUUAAAGUGAUAAGAGUUUCGUAAAUAAAUUCAAAGUAUUUUUUUUAUAUACGGGAACUACGUUUAUAUCAAAGAAGCAACUUAAGAUGGCACAAAACGGGUUUUUAGAACAAAAAGUUGGGUUCGCCACCAUUGCCAUUCAUGCCGGCCAAGAACCGGAAAAAUGGAAAAGUGCAGCUGUGGUACCUCCUAUAGUUAUGUCCACAACGUUUAAGCAACCAGCACCAGCAGAACACACCGGAUUUGAAUACGGUCGAUCAGGAAAUCCUUCUAGAAAUACCUUAGAAGAAUGUUUGGCCGCAUUGGAAGAUGCCAAAUAUGGUAUAACUUUCUCUUCUGGUCUGGGCACAACAACCACAAUUCUUGGAUUACUACACAAUGGAGAUCAUAUAGUGUCAAGUGACGAUGUGUAUGGUGGCACGAAUAGAUUAUUCAGAGCGGUGGCAACAAAACAUGGAAUUGAAGUAUCGUUCACGGACUUCACAGAUCUCAAAAAAGUUAGUAGCGCCAUUAAGGAUAACACAAAGUUGCUUUGGAUAGAAACUCCAACAAAUCCCCUACUGAAAGUAGUGGACAUCGCCGAAAUAGUAAAAAUAGCGAAGAGUAAAGGAGACAUAAUCGUAGUAGUGGACAACACAUUCCUGACGUCGUACCUACAGAGGCCGCUGGACUUCGGCGCUGACAUCGUAGUGUACUCCCUGACGAAGUAUAUGAACGGACAUUCUGACGUUAUUAUGGGAGCAGUAGUUAUGAAUGACAGCGAGUUAGAAGCGAAAUUGAGAUUUUUACAAAAUGCAAUGGGUGCAGUACCGUCUCCCUUCGAUUGCUACCUGGUAAACAGAAGUUUGAAGACCCUCGCGCUUCGCAUGGAAAGGCACAAGACAUCUGCCAUAGUCAUAGCGAAGUGGCUGCAACAACACCCGAAUGUUAUCGAUAUCUUUCAUCCAGGUUUCCCAAAUCACCCGCAGUACGAAAUAGCAAGAAAACAAAUGACUGGACACUCGGGGGUGUUCAGUUUCACACAUUCCGGUGGCUUGGAGGAGUCCAGAAAGUUAUUAAGUGCACUCAAAGUGUUCACCCUGGCUGAGAGUCUGGGAGGAUAUGAAAGUUUAGCUGAAUUACCAUCUUUGAUGACUCACGCGUCGGUCCCUGCCCAGCAAAGACAAGAGUUGGGUAUAACGGACUCUUUGAUACGACUAUCGGUCGGAUUGGAGGACGUCGUCGAUCUUAUCGCCGACUUGGAACAAGCUUUCAGAAUAGCCUUUUAAAUCACAUAAAGCAACGAUCUUUUAUCAUUACAAUUGUCUGUUAGAACGCAAAAAGUGCAUUUUAUCGACUUAUGAUAUCGUGUACAGUAGAUGCUGAAUAAGUUCGAAACUAUUGACUUAAAGAUUUAUUAAGGAUUUUACUUAUUAAAUAAAAAACACUAUGACUACGGCUCACUCUGUAGGUACCACUUCUCUGAACUUGACACGACACUUGACGACGCUUUCAAAAUUGCAAAUCUUACCCAGCUAAUUCUUUUCCUAAUCCAUUUAGAAUCUCGAGUUAAAAAUCUCUUUUAUAAAAAUAAAAUCUUCAACUCAUUCCGAAGAAAAGAAAAUUAUUCUGGGAACGCAGCAGUUUGUACAUCAGUAUAAAUGUCUAAUCUAUAUUUUCUAUACAAAAAGGGGCCAUUUGGAAACAGGCAAUAAGUAAGCUACGACCGGUAAAUGAAAGCGUAAUUGAAUACAAAGACAGACAUUGUGCAUCAUAAUCGAAGCACUUUCCUUGUUAUUCACAAUAGAGUUAUUCAGCCCAAUCAUUCAAUCUAACAGUCAUUUUUAAAUUUCGACGCAUUCACACAAUGCUAAUAUACCUUACCUUAGUUGUUAAAAGCGAGGCUAACUUAUUCAACUAAAGGUUAAUUAUGUGCAUUUUUACAAUAUGUUUGUAUCCCUUCAUUAUUUCGUUCCUGUCAUCACAAGAGUAUUUUUAUAAUGUUUAUACCACACAUGUUUUAUUUAUUGCAAUGAGUAUACAAAGUAUCUACAUAUAUGCAAAUGUUUCAAAAUAAAUAAUUGUUACAAUAUUACUUAA